UAAUUCUGUAGCCAUUUUCUUUUGUGGUUCUUGUUCAUAUAACACAUUCAAGAUCAUGUCAUGUUGUUUUCUAUGUAGGUUGUAACUGUUGAGAUCUGUCACUAUGAUCAGUUCCAAGAAGAUGGAUAGAAUCAGCAAUCUACCAGAAGCUCUGAUUAGCCACAUAUUGUCAUUCCUCCCCACAGAAGAGUCUGCUUUGACUUCAGUUCUCUCCAAAAAAUGGCGGUAUCUGUUUGCUGACAGACCAAACCUUGACUUCGAUGGCUCGGUCAUACGUUUUCAUCCUGAUACGUGUGAAUCUGACAUUCUAAGAGUCUUUACUCGUUUUGUGGAUAGAGUGUUGAUGUUGCAAGGAAACUCCACUGUAGACGAUUUCUCUUUAAAGUGUGGACAUGGUGUUGAAUCAGACUGUGUCAGAAACUGGAUACUAAAUGUGUUGGAACGUGGUGUAUCGGAUCUUGAUUUACACUUCAACCUGGUUGGAGUUUCUCUCCCUUCAGAGGUUUUUAUGAGCAAGUCACUGGAGAGGCUGAGGAUAGAAUCCAAAAAGGUUAUUCCCAUGGAUAUGGAAGAUGUGUUUCUUCCAAAACUCAAGACUCUUUACGUCAACAAAGUCAUGUUAGGUGAAGGUGAUGAUUGCUUUGAAAAGGUCACUUCUGGUUGUCAUGUCCUUGAAGAGUUGGUUCUGAUUAAUGUCUACUCUGAUUUUUGGAACCGUUCUGUCUCUUCCAAAACCCUCAAGAGUCUGAUCCUAUCUUGUUGUAUGGAAUUUGAUAAAAAUCCGGAUAGCGUUUCUUUUGAUACGCCCAAUGUUGUCUACUUGGAGUACUCUGAUUAUGUUUCAGGCAAGUAUCCAAAGGUGAACUUUAAUUCACUUGUUGAAGCUAGCAUCGACCUUGCAAUGACAAGUGAGCAGCAUGAACUUGCAAGCUAUGAACAUUUGGUGGGCGAUGUAACAGAUUUUCUCAUGGGAAUACGCAGUGUUCAGACCCUUUACAUAUCUGCCAACACUCUUGAGGUAUAUAGUAUAGUAUUGUAACUAACCCUGAUUUUUUUAGUUAGUUAUUUGCAUAUUGAUGAGAAGAUACAUUUUUGUUUUCAGGUUCUUACUUUCUGCUGUGAUCAUAUACCUGUAUUCCACAACAUGACUGGUUUAACUAUUCAGUCACGCAAGUCAGGAUGGGAAUCAUUGCCUGCUUUACUCAAGAAAUGUCCAAAUCUUGAAACCUUGGUGUUUGAUGUAAGAACACUAAUGAUAUAUCUUUAUUGCUAUCUUCUAACACAGACAGAACUAGGUUUCUAAGUUGUUUCUACUAUGAUUCAGGGACUCAGCCACACAUUUACAAUCAAGUGUAUGGAUGUUGAUGGGUGCCUAUGCAAGUAUUCAGGGGAGGUUCCUACUGGCUUAUCAUCAAGUCCAGUGAAGGUUUUGAAGAUUCUGAAAUUUGGUGAUGCUGGUCUAGAGAAAGAGACAGAUCUGAUCAAGCACUUCCUAGAGACAAUGCCGCAGCUUGAACAGCUGAUGAUAUACUACGAUACAUUGUUUGAUGAUAAUGUGAUUGAACUGUCAAGUGAACUUAAGAGGUUUCCCACAAAAGCUUCACCAAGUUGUGAGAUCCAAGUAAUCUUUGGUGACCCCAGCAGCUAAACCAAGAUUCUCUCCUCUUCUUUCUACCUUUUGCUUUCAAGUUUUUUGUGACUUUGUGUUUGAUCAUUUGUGCUUUUUAUUGAGACUGCUGGAUUAUCUUUGGCUUUUCUUUUUGGUUCUCAGUUUGAGUGGCUUGUUUGUUAUACAGAUCACUCUUCUAAUAAUAAACUUUCUGAAACACUGCAUUGUUAUUGUGUGAAUAUGUGAACAUAAUAUACUCUUAUCAACAAAAUGCAGCAUCUCACAAGUAGAAAUUUUUGAAACGCAACAGACUGCAGUCUAGUUUCUACUCCACUUCACUUAAAUAACAGUCUCCUCUAGAUAGUUAGGUCUCAUGUCAAGCUUCUUCUCCAUUGAAAGACAACAUCUAUAAAUAAAUAAA